AGGCUUAUGUAAAGGAACUUUAACCUAGAACGAAUUUGUAGAGCUAUUGCACAGAAUCAAAAUGAUUUUUCGCCUAGCCACACUGACUUUAUGCACACUGGGACUGGCCCUGGCGGAUCUUUUUACCAGCCAAGUGUUUUCAAGCCUUGCAACUAAGGACAAUCGCGAUAACCUCGUCAUCUCUCCACCAACGAUACGUGCAUCCCUCGCUCUGCUCUAUGCGGGCGCCGAGGGCCAAACUGCUUUGGAGCUAAAGGAAAGGUUGCGACUUCGUGGCCAUCCGAAGGACGUUGCCUUGUCGGAAUUUAAGCAACAGCCGUUGCGCAUUCACACGUGGGAUGUUAAGCUGUUCACGAUCUAUAAGCUCUAUGUGGACGCAAAGUACGCCAUUAAGUCAAGCUUCCAAAAUUUGGCCAUAACUUAUCUCCAAGCAUUAGCCGAGCACGUGAACUUUAGUCUUACCAAGCUAAUAGCCCACCACAUAAGUGUUUUUGUUGAGGUUAACACACUCCAUAAGCUCAAGGAUACGCUAAGUCCAGCUGAAAUCAGCAGUAUGACAAAAUCGUUCCUUGUUCAAGGGUUCUACUUUAGUGGAAAGUUUGCAAAGCCCUUUCACCGAUUUAAGGAAUACAAGCCAUUCUUCUUUGACCCUUUUCAUAGCGUUUCUGUUGCAACCUAUAUCAAAGAUGAUAACUUGUUUUAUGGAGAGGUACCUCUGCUAAUGUCCAGGGCCAUUGAAAUACCAUAUAAGAAUUCUAAACUAAGCCUGCUGAUUAUAUUGCCAUAUGAGCGCACCUUUGAUCUUAAAAUGCAGGAGGAAUUUCUUAAACAUAUUGACAUUCGAUUUCUAGACUCUCACUUCCAAAGCGUUGAUGUGCGCGUUCAGAUUCCACGCUUUAAGAUCGAGUACGAAACUUACUUGAAAGACGCACUGGGCGACAUAGGCAUCAGCAGAAUUUUUAAUAAUGGUGAAUUAUCUGACCUUAGCAGUACGCCCAACCUGAGAGUAACCAAUAUAAAGCACAGGGGUCUCUUUGAGUUAAAUGAUGAUUGUGAAAAUUGUAUUGAGCCCGCAGCUAAUAACAGCGACAUACGCCAAUAUUUCAUUGCUGAUCAUCCAUUUUUAUUCGCUGUUAAAGACCAGACAAAGAUUUAUUUAGUUGGUCGUGUGUUGAAGCCUGUGUAAAGAGUAGUUAAAUGUAAGCAACUAAAAUAUUUUGUAAUAAAAUAUUGAAGCACA